AAUCGAACGCAGAGCCAGUAUUACCAACAGAUUGUAGAUAAACAAAUACAUAUUCGUCAGGAUGUCCGAUGGUAAAAGACAAACUGUACCACAGAAAAGUGUUAAGCUUGCUGCUGGGGCGGUAGUCUGUGUGGAGAGUGAAAUAAGAGGAGAUGUGACCAUAGGUGCUAGAACCGUUGUUCAUCCCAAAGCUCGCAUCAUAGCUGAAGCUGGCCCUAUUAUCAUUGGGGAGAGUAAUUUGAUCGAAGAGCAGGCGCUCAUCAUAAACAGGUAUCCCCAAAACAUCAUGCCCGACACUGAGAAAGCUGCACCAAAGACAAUGGUCAUCGGAACCAACAACCUGUUUGAAGUUGGAUCUGGUACUGCUGUGCAUUUUCAAAAACUAUAUAAAGCCAUUGGAAUCGUAGCUUUCUGUGUAAAUUCCAUGUUCAAUUCUUCCUCAGUCUCACAGGCUUUGAAAAUUGGCGACAACAAUGUGAUUGAGUCCAAAGCUGAUCUUGGGCGGAAUGUGAUCCUGACCAGCGGCUGUAUCAUCGGAGCAUGCUGCCAGAUCAACACGUGCGAAGUUGUGCCGGAAAACACUGUUGUUUACGGAUCUAAAUGCAUCAGGCGUGUGCAAAGCGAUAAGCCACAGCCUCAGACUCUGCAGCUUGACUUCCUCAUGAAGAUUCUGCCCAACUACCACCAUUUGAAGAAGACGGUGAAGACAGCAAGCACACCUAAUUGCUUUUUAUCACUGCUGAUACCAAAUCCUUCUCUGCCAACAUCUUCAUGGCAAACUAUGAAGCAUGUAAAACACUGUUCUCCACACCAGGAACUCUGACCUUUAAUCUUCUGUGGCCUACGUUGGCACUAUGAAGAGCUGCUUAUCUGAAGGAA